UUUAGGCUUCCACCAUGACCUGGUUCACAUUCACGACUUUGUGUGCGACUGCCCUCCUGCUUCGUGUGGUUCUUCUAUUCUAUGGAGAAUGGCAGGAUGCCAAUCUUACUGUAAAAUAUACAGACAUUGAUUACAUUGUUUUUACUGAUGCCGCUCGUUAUGUUACCUUGGGAGCAUCGCCUUACGAUCGUGAGACCUAUCGCUACACACCACUCCUUGCCAUCUUCAUGACACCAAACAUCUACCUUUUUCAGUCAUUUGGAAAAUGCGUAUUUGUUGCUGCCGACCUGAUGGUGGGAUAUCUAAUUCAUCGUAUUCUCGUCCUUCGAGGAAUGCCCUCUCAAAAGGCACUAUGGUUAGAUUCCCUUUGGUUACUUAAUCCAAUGGUAGCAAAUAUAUCAACACGCGGUAAUGCUGAAUCCCUCUUGGCUGUUAUGGUACUGGGAUCCCUGUACUUGAUUAUGACUCGUCGUUUCUAUGCUGGCUGCGUGGCGUUUGGUCUGGCUGUUCACUUUAAGAUAUACCCAAUUAUAUAUGUCAUACCUCUCUUGUUUCUACUGGACGAACGAUACGGAGACCCAGUGGAUUGGCCACAAAUCAUCUGGUCCUACAGAAGAUCUCGUUUCUUUCUAUUGCGCAUGUACCUGAAAAAUGAUCCUUCACGCCUGGAGAUUAACGAACCUGGAAGAGGACCAAUUGUUCAUAAGACUGACCAACAAAAACAAUUAUCUAUUGAAAGCAUCAAGAGUAAAUUAUUCGAUAUAUAUCGAACGGCAAUGUACGAGCUUGUCCUCUUCUUGUCACCUACUAGGAUUCUAUUUGGUCUUGUCAGCGGAGGGGUGUUUUUAGUGAUAACGUGGGCUAUGUAUCAACUCUAUGGCGAGGAUUUUAUGGAGAACACUUAUUUGUACCAUAUAACCCGAAAAGAUCAUCGCCAUAACUUCUCAAUAUGGUUCUAUCAAAUGUAUCUUGCAUUUGAUUCUCCUGUCGCGGGAAAACUUUUGAGUGUAUUGACAUUCCUGCCUCAAAUGUCAUUGGUGGCUGCUGUUGGAAUAGCAUUUGCGAAGGAUGUUUUUUUUGCAUGCUUCUUGCAAACAUUUGUGUUUGUUACUUUUAACAAAGUCUGUACUUCUCAGUACUUUAUGUGGUAUAUAUGUUUGAUCCCACUUAUCUUGCCGUCGACCAGCCUUAGUUUAAGAUGGAAAGGUUUGGGUCUUUUAUUGGCGUGGGUAGCAAGUCAGGGUCUUUGGCUCCACUUUGCUUAUCGGCUUGAGUUCCUUGGUCAAAAUACGUUCUUUUCUAUUUGGGUCUCAAGUCUUUUGUUCUUCAUCUCCAACUGCUGGAUUAUUGUUGAAUUGAUGAUCAACCAUCGAUUUGAGUAUAUUUAUGGAAAGAGUGGUCGUAUUCGGUGGGUGUGGGGUAUGGGAGAUCCUGGACCACGUCCCUCGGAAAGUAGUAUUGGAAAUUCUCCAAGUGUUCAUUAGAAACGAAAAGUAUACAAAAAAAAAGCAAGAAUUACAAGCAUCUAUUUUUAUACACAUAAAAUAGGCAUGCUUUUUUUAUAUAUACAUAUAUAUAUAUUUUAUUUCAUCAUAUUGCUAAUUGUUCUGCUAUAUGUUACAUAAAGAUAAAUAUACGAAUAUAUACAUAUACAUAAUAUAUACACAAAUGAAGAAUGGAUUAUAAGGCGAUUCUUCGACUUUUGGACUGUAACAUGGUCUUAGCGCUUGAUUUCAGCUCCUCCACCUCCUGCUACAUUUUUCUUGGGCUCUUUAAGUGAUUGAGUAGCAAUAUCUUCUUUAACUAAGAAUAAAAACAAAGUCCCCAAUC